UAUGACUGAGAGGGGAGCCUAAAAUGUCCUCCAGUGGUACCAUAAGUAACUACUAUGUGGAUUCUCUCAUAGGACAUGAGAAUGAAGAGGUAUAUGGUGCUAGAUUCUCCCAGGGAGGUCACACGACGACCUCUAGGCCACCACCAGGUGUUGGAGAUGCUUCAGACUUCUCUUCUUGCAGCUUUGCGUCAAAAUCCAGCGUUUUCCCUGCGUCUUGGUCUACGGUGCACCCUCAGCCCUCUCCAGGAAUGACUGGGAUCUAUCACCCAUACAUGGGCCAGUCCCACCUAGGCUCAGAAAGCAGCAGAUAUACAGUUCGCUCCUGGCUGGAGCCUAUCUCCACCACUGCGUCUUCCUUCUCUGGAUUUCACCCCAAUGGGCGCAGCUAUGGAAUCAAACCUGAAAGUGCACCAAAAAGGACCGAGUGCUCCUCAUUUGACUCCCAGGGAAUGAAUCUGCCAGAGUUCUCAUGUAAUUCCUUUACAGAAAGCCCAGACAAGCCUCCACCUAAAGACAAUACUGUGACUGCUGCAACUGCUGCAGCUCCCAACGAGGAGACAGAGAACACGGAGCUUAAAGAAGAGAAGCAGCAGCCGCCGCAACCGCAACAACAGAAUCAACAACUUGACCCAAGUAAUCCUGCGGCCAACUGGAUCCACGCCCGAUCCACCAGGAAGAAGAGAUGUCCCUACACCAAAUACCAGACUCUGGAAUUAGAGAAAGAAUUCCUCUUCAAUAUGUACCUGACAAGGGAUCGUCGCUAUGAAGUAGCCAGAAUACUAAACCUCACAGAGAGACAGGUCAAAAUCUGGUUUCAGAACAGAAGGAUGAAAAUGAAGAAAAUGAAUAAGGAAAAAGGCAACAAGGACCAAUAAAACAACCACUGGGGAUACACACUGAAUUCUUCUCUGUGUUUAUCUGGAACAGUAAAAUAUAUAUAUAUAUAUAUAUUUAGGUCUUUUUUUUCUUGGAGAUAGAUGUAAAUGUGUUGUGUAUUUUGCAAACUUGGUUUGUCAGUGCGCAUCUGAAGAUGCAUCCGUUUUUUUGUUUUUGUUUUUUGGGGGGGGGGGGGACUAUUUCUGGUUGAAUAAUAUUGUGAUUGCACGCUAGACAUUACAGGUAGGUAUUGCGACAUUUCUGAAGCAUCUUAUAGAUCUCUAGGAAGUAGUGUAUGUAGUUCCUUAAUAUUAGAAGUACAAGAAAUGUAAAGUAGAGUUGCAUUGGUUAAAGUCGGUUAAAAAAAAAGUGUCCAUAACCUACACGGCAGAUCUAUUGGAGACACAGUUUUAGGUCACUGAAGGAAUAUUCCCAUGUCUGCAUGUGAGGUGACACUAAUGUACAUUUUAUUAGUGUA